AGAGCUCUGUGAACAUGAUGACGGUUGGCAUGCUACUGACUGUCCUGUUUGUUUCAGGUGCUUUGGCUGGUUGUUCUGAUAAAACAGCAAUCUCCAUAACUGCCCCAAAGCAGAUGGAAGCACUGAGUGGAUCUUGUUUGUUAAUCCCAUGUAGCUUCAGACCCAAAGAAAGACUGACAUUUAUCAGCACAGGAAAAACCUUUGGAGUGUGGAUUAAAACUGAUGCCAGAAAUCCAACCAACGUGAUCUACAACAGUAAUGGUGCAGCUUAUCCAAUGAGUAUUACUGGAAACCUGAGUCAGAGAGACUGCACCACUCUGUUUUCUCAUUUAACCACCACAAACACAUACUUCUUCAGAGUAGACAGUGAAAGAUUCAAGGCGACAGCAGACUGCAACCCUCUUCAAAUAACAGUCAGAGAUUCUCCUUGGAGGCCCAAAAUUACAAUCCCAGGUGAUCUGAAGGAGAAGGAGUCUGUCACUAUAACCUGCUCAGCUCUCACUCCCUGUCCACACUCCCCUCCUCAACUCACCUGGAAUCUCCAACAAGACUCUCACAACAAAACAGAGCAAAACACAGAUGGAAGCUUUACAAGUAAAAUCCAGCAGACCAUCACUCUGUCAGACACACAUGAUGGAAAGAAGAUCAGCUGCUCUGCCAGAUAUCCUGUGAACCAAGGAAAAGACACCAAGACAGCAGAGACAGAAGAGACUCUCAGUGUUUCAUAUGCUCCUAAAGACACCUCAGCAUCCAUCAGUCCAUCAGGUUUGGUGUCAGCAGGCAGCUGGGUGAAGCUGACCUGCUCCAGCAGAGCCAAACCUCCAGUCAGCAGCUUCACCUGGUUCAAGAAGAGCAGAGAUGGAGCUGUGAAAGUAUCUGAAGGAGAGAUUUACAGCUUCAAUGUAACAGAUGGAGGAGUUUAUUACUGUGUGGCCACUAAUGAUCUGGGUAAUCAGGCAUCAGCAGAGAUUCAUCUCUCAACGCUUACUUACUGUGAAGCUGGAAACCUGGUUGGUGUCUACACUAUAAUGAAGACUGUGGGAAUCAUAAUGCUUGUGAGCACACUGAGCAUCUUUGAGUGCUGGUUCAAAUCAAGACGCUUCAACAAACAGACAUAGAGCUGUCAGAUGAGCAGAGUAUCAUCACAUCACAUCAACUAAAGUGUCUGCAGGAUGAUAAAUGCUACCUGCUAAAGCAUUAAAACUUAACAUAUUUGUUUUUUAUUUUGAUGUUCAACAACUGUGUAUGACCAUUUUACUUUGACUAUAGGGAUGUUAUUACAGAGUGAUCUCUCCUCAAACCACUGUUGUUUUACCUAGGGAUGGGAAGUGAUAAGUUUUUUGUGAUCAGGGUCAUUACUCAAAAAAAGUAAAGUAGAAAAAUGUUAUUACACAUAUUACACAGAACUUUCCUUAAAGGUAAUGCAGUAUAUUGCUUAAGUACACGCAGGUUCAAAUGUUCACAAAGUGGCUAGCUUCACUAAAAAGGACCCCCCCCCCUUUAUCAUGGUGCUGGGCAAGGUUCAGCAUUUACUCAGCUUUAACAUCACUCUGGAUUCUUGGCUAACUUUGUGUUAGCAUGCUGUCUGUUGUUUCUGCAUUAUAUCUGACCAAAAUAUUGUGUGGGCGUGAUCUCCAAAUGGUGCUGAUAGGUGUGGUUAGUUUUACAAGAACAGUCAAUUCAUUUCAAUAUGAAAUGUCCAAUUUGCCAAGAGCCACGUAACUUGGCGCACGUUUAAAUAUUAACUGGGGAUUUUUGCUUUAGUGGGAAAUUUACAGCAUAGCUAUGUCGUAACAAUUAGCAGUAAAUUGCAAGCCACAAAAAUGUUUGAAUCAUUUGUGUACUUGAUUUAAAUAUUCUCCUUCCUAUGUUAUGUACCUUGAGAACGGAACUCCCUGAUAUAAAUAUGCAAGAGGGCCAGUCUAAUAGUCUAUGUUCAUCAUUUCUCUAUAAGAUGUAAUAUAAGAUUCUUCUGCUUAUAUGUGUCAAGCUGACUUUACUGAAUGAAAGGCUUCAUAUUAUCUCCUUCUGUCAUCAUGUAAUCUUUGGCAGGUAGAUACUUUGAUUCUGUAUAUAUUCUAGUAUUACUGUAGCUCUUUGUAAAAACAUAAAAAGUGCCAUCUUGUUCUCUGUACUGUUAUUUGACUUC